GAAAGGCUGCAGCAAGAACAUCAGCCCACACUGAGCACAAGUUCCUAACUACAAGCAUCCAAUUCAGUAUUGCCUUCUCACGGAAAAAAAUAUAUACAGAAGUAAAAAUGGUAACCAUCGUGCAGUUUUUAAAUUCAAGUUACGAUAAUGAACUUUUCUGAGGACGCAUCGUAAAGCUUCAAGAAAGAGGGUGGAGGACAAUGGGAGUCGUUGGUCCCUCCCCCCAAGUGCUGCUGUGGCUCAGACUUUUCGGCCUCAUCUCUCUGGUGACCACCCUAAACCCAGAUGAUCCCAACGUGUGUAGCCACUGGGAGAGUUACGCAGUGACCGUCCAAGAGUCUUACGCUCAUCCAUUCGACCAGGUCUACUAUACUCGCUGCACUGACAUUCUCAACUGGUUCAAAUGCACAAGACACAGGAUCAGCUACAAGACAGCCUACAGAAGAGGUGUGAGAACCAUGUACAGGCGACGCUCUCAGUGCUGCCCUGGUUUCUUUGAAAGAGGAGACCUGUGUGUUCCUUUGUGUACUGAGGAGUGUGACCAUGGUCGGUGUAUCUCUCCUGAAACCUGCCAAUGUGAGCCUGGCUGGGGAGGGCUGGACUGCUCCAGCGCUUGUGAAAGUGACUUCUGGGGUCCCCACUGCACUAAUCGCUGUCAGUGUCGGAACGGGGCCAAAUGCAACCCAAUCACAGGAGCCUGCGUCUGCACAGAUGGCUACCAGGGCUGGCGGUGCGAGGAGCCAUGCGAGCCCAACUUCUACGGCAAGGACUGCCUGCUUGAGUGCCAAUGCCUGAACGGUGCAAAAUGCCACCACGAAAGUGGCGAGUGCCUCUGUGCACCCGGAUACACUGGGGCCUUUUGCAAGGAACCUUGUCCACCAGGGAAGCACGGCCCCCUGUGUGAGCAGCGCUGUCCCUGUCAAAAUGGUGGAACGUGCCAUCAUGUGACCGGGGCGUGUUCCUGUCCUGCUGGUUGGGUGGGUCCUGUGUGCGCGCAGCCGUGUCAGUUUGGCUCAUUCGGCAUUAACUGCUCCCUGGAGUGUACGUGUCGUAACGGAGGCCUGUGUGAUCACAUCAGCGGCCAGUGCCAAUGCACUGCUGGCUACAUUGGAGAAAGGUGUCAGGAUGAAUGUCCAGUUGACACUUAUGGGCCACAGUGCGCCCACAAAUGCGACUGCCAGAAUGGGGCUAAAUGCUACCACAUCAACGGGGCCUGCCUUUGCAACGAGGGCUUUAAGGGUCCAAGCUGCCAGGACCGCUUUUGUCCAAAUGGAAUAUAUGGACUCCUGUGCGACAAGGACUGCCCCUGCAAAAUGGCAAACACACUCAGCUGUCACCCUUUGUCAGGAGAAUGCACAUGUGCAGCGGGAUGGACUGGACUGUUCUGCAACGAGACCUGUCCGGCCGCUUACUACGGUGAAGGCUGCAAAGAAAUGUGUGACUGUGCCAAUGGAGCAGACUGUGACGGCAUUACUGGAAUGUGCAUGUGUGCUCCUGGAUAUAUCGGUGAGGACUGCUCUAUUUCCUGUCCUGCAGGCCUGUAUGGAACCAACUGCACCUCGUCUUGUUUCUGUCACAACGAGAUUUCAUGCUCACAUGUCGAUGGCUCAUGCAUCUGCGAAGAAGGUUGGCAGGGAGUUGACUGCUCCAUCCCAUGCUCCAGUGGAAGCUGGGGCCUAGCCUGCAACCAGACUUGUCAGUGUGCCAACGGGGCAGCCUGCGACCCCGUGAAUGGAACCUGCACCUGCUCUCCAGGCUGGAGGGACGAAUUGUGUGACUUACCAUGUCAUGAGGGAUCAUAUGGCCUGGACUGUAAAGAGAGGUGUGACUGUGCGAAUGCCGAUGGCUGUGAUCCAGUAACCGGCGCUUGUCGCUGUGUCGCAGGAUGGACAGGUGUCCAUUGUGACAGUGUGUGUAAUGAAGGACACUGGGGGCCCAACUGUUCUUUCAUCUGCAACUGUGUGAAUGGAGGCUCGUGCUCCUCUGAGGAUGGCACAUGUGUUUGUGCUCCUGGUUACCGUGGCACCAACUGCAAACGAACAUGUUCACCUGGUUUCUAUGGCCAUCGCUGUAGCCUGUCAUGUCCUCAGUGCAUCCACAGUGAUGGGGCGUGUCACCACGUCACUGGCCACUGCGAAUGUUUAUCUGGUUUCUUUGGCACCUUCUGCAACCAGGUAUGUUCAAGUGGAAAAUAUGGUAAACACUGCGCCAAGAAGUGCCUGUGCACAAACAAUGGUACUUGUAAUCCCAUCGAUGGCUCGUGUCAGUGCUUACCAGGAUGGAUUGGCGAGGACUGCUCCAAACCCUGUCCUCAUGGCUCGUGGGGUCCCGACUGCAUUCACACAUGUAACUGUCACAAUGAUGCCCAGUGUAGCUCCACAGACGGAGUCUGUGACUGCAGCCCUGGAUGGACGGGACUCUUCUGUACUCAGCGCUGUCCGACAGGUUUCUACGGCGCCCAGUGUGCUGAAGUUUGUCGCUGUCAGAACGGGGCCGACUGCGACCACAUCAGUGGGCAGUGUUCGUGCAGGACGGGCUUCAUUGGAGAGCGCUGUGAACUCAAGUGUCCUGCUGGGACAUUUGGGUACGGCUGCCAACAGCUGUGUGAGUGUAUGAACAAUGCCACAUGCGACUACGUGACAGGAACCUGCUAUUGCAGCCUUAGAUUCAAAGGCAUCCGCUGCGACCAAGCUGCCCUGAUGAUGGAGGAGCUGAACCCCUACACCAAGAUCAGCCCGGCUCUUGCAUCAGAACGUCAAUCAGCCGGCGCCAUCCUGGGCAUCAUCAUUCUGCUGCUGCUCAUCAUGGCCAUGUUGGCUCUGGUGGUGUGGUUGCGCUACCGACAGAGAGAGAAAGGACCGCACGUCCCCAAUGUCACCUACACACCCGCCUUGCACAUCAAUUCCACCGAAUACUCCCUUUCUGCAGGGCUUCAGCACGCUGGCCUCCUCGCUUCCGCAGAGUCGUCACCUUGUAACAGCUCCAUAGGCCGCUGCUUCUCCAACCCCAGCUACCGCACGCUGGGCCCCUGCACCUACGCCGCCCACUACGCCAAACCGGACAAGACGCGCUCCACCAAGAUGAAGGCCAAACGACGACACAGGAACAGUGCUCCGGAGUGGGGAGCCUAUUGUAACCUCAGUGAGAUGGGUGUAUACUGCAUUGACCGGCGUUACAGUUACCAAGUGGAGCCACAGUACAAAGACUACGUGAAGAGCUCCAUGUCCAGCACGUGCUCCCUCAACAGCGAAAACCCGUACGCCACCAUCAACGACCCACCCGCUUUGGCAUGCAAACACACGGAGAGCAGCUAUGUGGAGAUGAAAUCACCAGCUCACCACCAACAUGUGGCACACUGCUGUGCGGCGGCCAUCAUCACCACCUCCGGUACCAAUGUGCCUGCCAAGAAUGUCUACAACAUGGAGCCCACCAUCAGUAUCAUCCCAGGAGCUGGAGGCAUGGUGGUGUCCAGUUACCCGCAAGAUCUCUAUGACCUGCCCAGGAACAGCCACAUCCCCAGUCACUAUGACCUACUGCCCAUGCGGCACAGCCCCACUCACAGCCACAGCCCCCCUCUGCCCGGCAGUCCCAAUGGCUCGCUGCUCUAGGACACAAGCACAAACACACACACACACACACACUGGAAACCCACAAUAUCCCUGUCCCUGCCUGCCCUUCUGUGAACUGGAUGAAAUCCAGUCAGAAAUACUUGGAAACUGUGAAGAGGCUGUUUGUAGUUUUCGGUAACUGGACGGAAAAAAUGUUAUUUGAUAUUUUAUCAUUGUAAAUAUAUUCAAUUUUAGGUGUUUCGUGCCAUGAAACUUCUGUGUUUUAACUGCCCCCCCCCAAAAAAAAACACAAAACAGUGGAGGCAAUAUAGGUAUACUUGUAUACAGCAGUGUACCUUUUGGUAGUAUGCUUUUUCAUUCAUUCACAGAUGCAAUAGAUCAAUUGGAACAUUUGAAAGCAUGCACACAUACACUGAAUACGCGUUUGAGUGCGUCAGCAAGUUUGGCUGAUUCAGCUUGUCCUGUACUCUCCUCUAAGUGGACACUGAAAAAGGACAAACAGACACAAGCAAGCAAGCCAUAUACCAUACUUUUUUUUUUACAUUGUCUCUUCCAGUUUGUAUAGAAAAGGUGUUGUGUUGGCUGUACACUUUGUCCACUUGUAAUUAUUUUGUUGUUACAUCAGAAUGAAUACACAUGCAUGCCAAAGAUUAGCAGAGUAGUUAGCCAGCAAUCUCCUUUUUACAUUAGUCAGAGCGAAUUUAGUCAUCUUCCAGGCUCUGCAUAAGACUGUCACACAGACUUUGGAGUUUUGAGUGAGGAUAUGCUAUAAACCAGGAUUGGUUGAGACUCUUUAAUUCAAGCGACUUUUAUUUGCUCAUUUUCCGGUUAAAUGGGUUACUUCCAUUUUGUGGCAAUGUUAACUUUUGUUAUACGAGUAUUAUUACAAAUCAAGUAGCACUAUAGUAUCAUAAAUGUAUGUAUAAGGCCCUAUUCGCACAGAUCAAUGCUGUGAAACUGGCAAAUCAGUACACCUUCACGAUAGUGACAUUUCAACAACCAAGAUUUGUUUCCCACUCAAAUUACCUUCUGUGACGGUUCCAAAUGUUAGUUUACUACUUUUCUUUCAUGCAAAUUGGCUUCUUUUCCUGGUCAUGUUUCCAACCAAUAAAACUGAUUAGCUUCAGGGAACGGAGUGGUAGUUAGUACCUAAUAACUACCUAGUGACUUGAAAUUCUAAGUUUAAAAAAAAAAACAAAACAUCUAAAAGAUUUAUGACUGGUGCGCUUUAUUACGAUGAGCUGAUAACUUAAGAUAAACACAAUUGUACAAUUUUAUCAAUCUGUACAAAACAUAAAACCAUUACGAGCCCCCUAUCACAUUUAACCCUUCAUAAUAAUUGAAAUGACAUCAUUUCACUCUUACACUGGAAUUACAGUCAGUUUAUGAAUUUCAAAACAUUAAAAAAAUGACAAAUAAAAAAAAAGACUGAAUCAAAAGACACAAAACAAUGGAUUAUGAUUUUUUUUUUCUGAAAGAAAUUACCUUGACUCAUCAUUAGAUUGCCAUUCUACGAUUAUGGAGACGCUUGGUUGGCGGCGCCGUCUGUUCGAGGAAACGCCAUUGGUACUGCCAGCCAGGCUCAGACACUCCAGAACUACCCAUCCAUCCAUUCUCUGCCUCGACACACACACACACACGUACACAUCCACCAAGUGCGGGUCGUGCAUAUGCCUGCCACACCCAUCACAACGUUGGACAUGACUAGAAGCUGAAUGAACACUCUGAAGUACUGGAGUGACACUUCUCAGCUUGUCAUCCUCAUACACCAAAGCUGAUUUGAUGGACAUUGAUGUCAGCAACCAAAUGCGGUUAACGUGGAGUCCCACCAAAAAGCCAUGCAUUGUGUUUAAGUCCGAGGCAGCUUGGUGUAAAGUAGGCUUCAUGUGACAGGGAAAAUUCCUUGACAGGACGGACCACUUAUGAGAGUGUUAGAGGAGGGGGGUGCAAAGGUGAAUGGUGAAGGAGGCACUGUGACCAGAAAACAACAGCCAAGAAAGUGGAUGAAUCCUCAUAUCAUUUCCGUUAAGCAUCAUUGACUUCAUGUACUCAAACUCUUUGACCGGGACUAUUUUUGACCAAGCAAUUCAGGAUUAAGUUGUUAAGACUCAGAUGUGGAGUUACACCCCCCCCCCACGGCCCCC